AAUGACAGAAUCCCACGGCUACCUUACACCUUCCACACAUUCUUAAUCCUUCUUUUUGGCCACAUCACAAGCUACCACAAACGCUAAUCACGUUUUGUAGUAUAUAUACAUGGAGAGAGAGAGAGGAAGGUAUAGUUUCAGACAGUAACAGACUAACAAACAGUACACACAACGGUAUUAUGUUGGUAACAGAUCAAAGAGCAGAGAGAUCAGAGUCGAAACAUAUGAAGAAAGGAUCUUGCAAGAUGAUGGAGAAGUGGAGAAAGUGUAAGAAAGGACACUUCUCUGUGUACACCAGAGAAGGCCGGAGGUUCGUUUUGCCGUUGGAUUAUCUGAAACAUCCAAUCUUUCAGGUGUUACUGGAGAUGGCAGAGGAAGAGUUUGGUUCCACAAUUUGUGGCCCUUUGAAGGUUCCUUGCGAUGGAGGUUUGAUGGACCACAUCCUCAUGUUGCUGAGAAAGAGAAGUUUGUCUUGCCAUGAUGAUGAUGAUGAUGAUGAUGUGAAGAAGAAGAACCAUGAUGUGUCCUGCAAAGAAGCUUCAUCGGUUUCAUAUUUCUUCCCUCUCUUUCGCUGCAACGCAGCCCAUGAUCAGACCAAGCUUCAGUCUCUAGUUUUUUAACACUUUUAUGCGUUGUGGAGAGCGCUUUUACAAACAAAAGUUAUUUCUGUUUUGUAUAUAAUAUAGAGAAACAGAUAUUCUGUAUAAGCCUUGCAAGUUUGUAUAUCAUAUUCAGUUUUGUCAGAGA